GCUCCAUCUUUGGCCAUGAGCGGGGCGCUGGCAGUCGGCUGCCGCCGCCGCCUGCGGGACGCGGGGAGGGAGCCGCCGCCCGCUCGCCGCCGGCGACUGCCAUGGCCCAGGCCAAGAUCAGCGCCAAGGCGAGCGAGGGGCAGCAGCAGCAGCAACAGCAGCAGCAGCAGCAGUCGGCAGGGCAGCUCCGGGGCCGCUUCUACCGCUCCACCUCCAUGGCGGACCGCUCCAGCCGCCUGCUGGAGAACCUGGACCAGCUGGAGCUCAGGGUAGAGGCUUUCCGUGACGCGGCGUCUGCUAUGGAACAAGAGAAGGAAACCCUGCUGGAAAUGAUCCACAACAUACAGAACAGCCAGGACAUGAGGCACAUCAGCGAAGGUGAGAGAGAAGAACUGAAUUUGACCGCCAAUCGCCUGAUGGGCCGAACCCUCACUGUGGAGGUGUCUGUGGAAACCAUCCGGAACGCGCAGCAGCAAGAAUCCCUGCUGCACGCCACCAAGAUGAUCGACGAAAUUGUCAAUAAACUUCUGGAUGAUUUGGAAGACGCCAAAAUCCGACUAAUGUCGCUUUACGGCGCGUGCACGUCUGACGUGCCGGCAGGACCCAUCGAUCAGAAAUUUCAGUCCGUUGUGAUUGGGUGUGCGAUCGAGGAUCAGAAGAAAAUCAAGCGAAGGCUAGAGACUCUGCUCCGAAACCUGGAGAAUUCUGAGAAGUCCAUCACGUUGUUGGAGCACCAGAAGUCGUCCAUUCGGCAGUCGUGCAACAACAAACAGGAUUAAGCUGUCCUCGGGGCCGCUUCUGGCAAACCACAGCGUGGCGGAGUCCCCGCGAAAAGCCCAUGGAAGCUGAGACCGAUUCCUGUUUACGAGUACACGCGCAUAUAGACGCCGCGCACGCGCACCGACGUAUCCUUGGUUGUGAGGUGCAGGCAUUUAAUGGGUUUUGGUAUUUUAGUAUGGUAUUUGGCAUUUUAGUUCGGCAAUAAAGAACGCUGUCAGGAUUUCUUCUGUAGAGUUGACGUUGCUCUGUUGCAAAUUGUAACGUGCUUCUGCUGAACUGUCAGAAACCAUCAAAGUCUCGCCUUUCCUUCAUUCUCCUCUUUUUUAAAAAAAAAAAAAAAAACUAAAUUUGUUUUGUC